CAACCGAAUCUCAGUCGAUACACUCACUCAUCAUGUUCUAUAAUACGUUGAGCAUCAUCAUUUUGCUUUCUGCUCUGCACCAGGCUGUAGCUUUUAUCUGCUUAGAAGCAUUCUCAGACUGUCCCAAGACACCAUGCUCCGAGCAGAGUACAGGCCCAUGUAAAUGCCCCUCGACCGAUACCUAUUGCGAUUUUUCUGUCGAGACUUGCGCAGGAACAUAUGGGAAUUGCAUAGAGAUCGUCACCAAGAGUAUUAGAGUGUUUACGCCGCUGUACACAAGUACAGAUUACGUAGCUACUGUCAGCACAUACUCCAGUGUCCUCACCAGUGUGCAAUACACCACAAACGUUCAAACCGACAAUACGAUCUCUACGGUGUUGGUCACGGAAGCGACAACCAAGACUGUCACAGAGAGCAACCCUUCUAGGAAACUUGCUCUUCGCCAACCGGAACUAUCAUAUGAAGAGCGACCACUCCAGAAACGAGUAGUCGUUGGAACUUCAACGAGGACUACUACGAUCUCCGAUGACGGCUACUGCUCUACCUCGCAAGAUCCACAAUGUACAGACACAAUCCAGGCUACGUCGACAAUCUUCUAUCCAACCACCACCAAUAUCUAUUCCACAAUAGUCUCGGCUCAGCAGAAGGUUGCCUCUGUCACUUCAACUGUUGUAGAGGAAAAGACAACCACUAUAACCAUGAGCGGAACGGAAACGACGUCAGGCACACGUACCAUAGCGAGCAGCACAUUCCAGAGCUCAAGAUCCGAUGCGGUGGAAACAAGCAGCGCCCAGACUGAUUCUUCCGCUGGUCCUUCCGCUGGUCCUGCCGCUACAACCACUGGCAGUGGAAGUGCUGCAAGCAGAAGUAUUAAUCAUAUACUGAGUAGUGGCCAAGUAGCUCGAUUAGCAAUUGUUAUAGGGUAUAUCGGUGCAAUCGGAGGCCUUCUGGGUGUCUUAAUGUAA